UGCUCUUAUCACCCCCGCUAUUCGUUGAAAGCAUCUUGAUACUUGGAAAGCGGAAUGCAGGAACCGGCCUGACACUUGCCCAACUUUUUUCCUACCUCAAUCACUGUUUCCCAUCUUUUUCCGUCCCAGACUGCGCUUCCUGCCUUGUUGCGCUGCGGACUUGCUCCUGCUGUAUAAGCCCCACCCACUGCAGUCGCACGUUGCUUCUUCUGGUGGUGAUGUUCUCAUUCCCUUCACCACUCUUCCAUUUCAACAUCGACACCAUCAACACCUCUUAGACCUCACCAGAUACCUGAGCUGAGUUGAGCUGAGCACAGCAAGUCUUUCAUUUGUAUCGCUUGCAUUCUCUAAUUCUAUCCUUUCAAGUCUCUCCUUUGACCUCCUCGAUUCUUGCUCGUUCUUCCACAGCGAGUCCACGCUGCAGCCAAUGCAAUAGCCAGCACUCGAUAUAGAUCAACAAAAUCUUUCCAGUCCUUCUCCGGCCACCAAGAUGGCUCCCAAGACUCAUCAGAGUACUCGUCAGGUCUACCUCCUUCCGCUCACCGACUCCGGUGCUCCAGAUGUACCCAAUGAGUACAUCUACUUGCCUGCACCUACCGAGCCUGCGUACCUGUUAAGAUUUGCCAUUGAAGGUGCAAGCUCAAUAUGUCGAGAAGGCAGCCUCUGGGUCAAUAUACCUGAACCUGGUCAUUCCUUUGAUCGGAAUCAUUUCCGCGAGUACAAGCUGCAUCCAGACUUCAAUCGAACUUUGGCGAUCGAUAUCCCAAUCACCUGUGCCGGAGCAUUCUCCUUCUACACCACCUAUACUCCUCUGCCAGACUUCGCCCUCUCUUCUGCCGAACCGCCCCAACCUACUCGGACGCAAACCUACUAUGUCGAUAUUGAGCCCAGAUUGUCCUUGGCCGGCUCCAGCCUACCUCUGGAUGCCUUGGGCAUCUUCUCAGUUGUGUCCAAGUUUAUGGGGAAAUAUCCACAUGACUGGAAUAAACACUUGAAAGGCAUCAGUGCGAGGGGUUACAACAUGGUGCACUUCACACCUCUACAGCAGAGGGGUGAGUCCAAUUCACCUUACAGUCUCUACGAUCAACUAGCCUUUGACGAACAGCUGUUCCCUGGUGGAGAGAAAGAUGUGGCUCGCAUGAUCAAGUCCAUGGAGGAUGAGCACGAUCUAUUAGGGCUCACUGAUGUUGUAUUCAACCACACAGCCAACAACAGCAAAUGGCUAGAAGAACAUCCAGAAGCCGGUUACAACGUCGAGACUGCUCCCUGGCUGGAAUCAGCUUUGGCCCUCGACAACGCCCUCAUCAAUUACGGCGAGCAGCUCGAGUCUCUCGGUCUUCCCACUGAACUCAAGACUCCUAGUGAUCUUGACCACAUCAUUGCAGGCAUCCAGCCACAUGUCAUUGACAAGAUUCGUCUGUGGGAAUACUUUGCAUGCGAUGUCAGGACUGACGCUCAAGCUGUGCUCGACGCGUGGAAGAGAGGUUCCACAAAGGUGCCGCGAGGAGGGUUUGAAAACGCUAUUGGUGGAGGUCUUGACUCUCUCAAGUCGUGGUCUCUCUACAACAAAGCAGCCUUCCUCAAGGAGCACGGUCUUUUGAAUGGCUUACGCAUCGACGGUAGAUAUUCACGGAAAGUCGAUCCUGACAUCGGCUCUGCCAUGCUGACGGCUCUGCACGGUCGCUACGAGGAUGACUCGAACAUUCAGGCCGCCGAAGAAGAGGUCAAGGCAUGGCUGAAUGAGCUCAACCUACCUUUUUACCGCGAGUACGAUGCCGAUGUUGCCAGUAUCAAGGACCAGCUCAAAGGCCGUAUACAAUAUACCAGGUUGGACGAACACGGUCCGAGACUAGGUCCCAUCACCAAGGAUAUCCCCUUGUUUGAGACCUACUUUGCUCGACUACCCCAGAAUGAGACGACUUCCAAACACAACCCCGACGCGUUGUCUCUCGCGGUCAAUGGAUGGAUCUGGGCUGCUGAUGCCAUGAAAGACAACGCCGGUCCGGACUGGAGGCCUUAUCUACGCCGGGAGCUGAUACCAUGGAGCGACUGUGUCAAGCUCCGAUACGGCAAAGGCCCCGAAGACAAUUCAUUCCUGUGGGAGCACAUGACAAAAUACGUCCAGCUGAUGGCUAAAUACUUUACAGCAUUCCGGAUUGACAAUUGUCACUCGACUCCAAUCCAUGUGGCCGAGUAUUUGCUCGAUCGAGCACGAGAGAUCCAGCCCAACCUGGCCGUGUUUGCAGAACUGUUCACUGGCAAUGAGCAGAUGGAUUACGUCUUUGUCAAAAGACUCGGUCUGAGUGCAUUAAUCCGUGAAGCUAUGCAAGCAUGGAGCACACAAGAACUGAGCAGACUCGUACAUCGACACUGCGGUCGUCCCAUUGGAAGUUUCGAGGUCAAUGUUCCUCAGCGCUCAAAGAAACCAGUUAGUAACUUGGUCAACGGAAAUGGGCCCAAGACCAAAGAAAUCGUCAAGCACAUCCGUGAAAGCCCCGUACACGCUCUUUUCAUGGAUUGCACUCAUGACAACGAAAUGCCCGCCCAAAAGAGAGAUGCCAGAGACACACUACCGACGGCCGCCCUGGUCAACAUGUGCGCUUGUGCCACCGGCAGUGUCAUGGGCUUUGACGAGAUUUAUCCUAAGCUGGUCGAAAUUGUGCACGAGAAACGAUCAUACACCUCCGCCAGCUCUGAAGGUGAAGUCCUUGUCGGUCCUGGUGAGGGAGGCAUUGCUGGUAUCAAAAAGCUCAUGAAUCAGAUCCACACUAUGAUGGGCAAGGAUGGCUACGACGAAACGUUCCUUCAUCAUGAGGGCGAGCUCAUCACACUUCACAGAGUGCACCCAGAUUCGCGCAAAGGAUACUUCCUCAUAGCCCACACGGCAUUUCCCGGUUCCGGUAAUGGAAACGGUGGCUUGAGUCCCGUUCAUCUUGCUGGUACUAAAGCACGCCAGUUGGGUGCUUGGGUGUUGGAGGUUGACCAAACUGAUGCUGCGAAGAAAACCGCACUAGAGGACCCUAAUGAGCUCGUCGGUCUGCCGGCCAGGGUGAGAAAGAUCAAGGGUGCGACUAUCGACUUCAACAACGGCGACACUGUGAUCAGAGUCGCUGAUUUCUUCCCUCCUGGUUCCAUCGCACUCUUUGAGACCUGGGUUCCAUCAGCGGAACAUUCUCAGGGUCUCAACGCCUUCCUGGCGAGUGGUACAGAAGAGGCCUUUGGCGAACUUGAUCUCACCGACCUCAACUUUGCCCUAUAUCGGUGCGACGCAGAAGAACGAGAUUCCAGUGAUGGCCGAGAUGGUGUCUACAACAUCCCUGGCUACGGUCCUCUGGUGUAUGCUGGUUUUCAAGGAUGGUGGAGUGUGGUCGAGCCUAUUGUGAGAAAGAACGAUCUAGGCCAUGCUCUUUGCAACCAUCUACGUCAAGGACAAUGGGCGCUUGACUUCAUCGUGGGCCGUCUGGAAAGAAUAUCCAAACAAGAAGGAUACUCCAAAUUGCACAAGCCAGCCAAGUGGUUGAAGGAACGGUUCGAUGCGGUCGGCGAAAUCCCAAGUUUCCUGUUGCCACGAUACUUUGCACUCAUCAUCCAAAUCGCGUACAAUGCUUCGGUCAAGCGUGGUAUCGAGCUGAUGAGCCCAAACAUUCGGCAAGGUCAAGACUUUCUCCAAAGUUUGGCCAUGGUCAGCGUCCAACAAACAGGAUACGUCAAAUCAGCAUCGUUGUGGCCGAACAAGAGCGUCCCGUCACUUGCUGCUGGUUUGCCUCAUUUCUCUGUCUCCUGGGCAAGAUGUUGGGGACGAGAUGUGUUCAUCUCAUUACGAGGGCUGUUUUUGUGCACCGGUCGGUUCGAUGAAGCCAAGGAGCACAUCAAAGCCUUUGGUAGCGUGUUAAAGCAUGGUCUGAUACCCAACCUACUGAGCAGUGGCGCUGCUCCCCGAUACAACUCUCGAGACUCUCCGUGGUUCUUCCUACAAAACAUCCAAGACUACACCAAGAUUGCUCCUGAUGGUUUGUCGAUUCUCCAAGAAAAGGUUCCUCGCCGAUUCCUUCCAUAUGACGAUACCUGGUUUCCUCAUGACGAUCCUCGAGCAUAUUCGAAAGAAUCCACGGUCGAAGAUAUCAUCCAGGAAAUCCUUCAGCGGCAUGCUUUUGGCCUGUCUUUCCGCGAGUACAAUGCUGGACCCGACUUAGACAUGCAGAUGAAGCCCGAAGGAUUCCAGAUUGACGUACACGUUGACUGGAAGACAGGAAUCAUCUUUGGUGGCAAUCAGAACAACUGUGGUACGUGGAUGGACAAGAUGGGUGAAAGUGAACGAGCUGGCAGCAAGGGUGUACCGGGCACACCACGAGAUGGUGCUGCCGUUGAGAUCACAGGUCUCUCAUACAGUGCUAUACGGUGGGUAUCUGAGCUGCACAAGGCUGGCCACUAUCAGUACUCAGGCGUCGAGACCGAUCAAGGAGAGAGGAUCGCCUUUUCUGACUGGGCAGAUCGUAUCAAGGCAAACUUUGAAAAAUGUUAUUGGAUCCCGGUGGACCCCAAGGACGAUAUCGAAGAUGAUGUCGACCCGAAGAUUAUCAAUCGUCGCGGUAUCUACAAGGACCUGUACCGAUCUGGCAAGGAGUAUGAGGACUAUCAACUCCGAGCCAACUUUCCGAUAGCUAUGGUUGUUGCGCCGGAUCUCUUCACUCCUGAAAGAGCAUUGCACGCGUUGAAAAUGGCGGAUGAUAUUCUGCGAGGUCCGACAGGCAUGAGAACCCUGGAUCCCUCGGACUUGAAUUAUCGUCCUUACUACAUCAACUUGGAGGACUCGACCGACUUUGCCACGUCGAAAGGAAGAAAUUAUCAUCAAGGUCCAGAGUGGCUGUGGCCAACCGGAUUCUUCUUGCGAGCACUGUUGAAGUUUGAUCUCCAACGCCGUACGACACCAGAGGAGAGGAUGGAGUCAUUCCAACAAGUGACACAACGACUUGCUGGAUGCAAGCAAGCCAUCAAGGACAGUCCAUGGAAAGGAUUGACAGAAUUGACCAACAAAGACGGGUCAUUCUGUGGUGAUUCGUCACCGACUCAAGCCUGGUCCGCUGGUUGUUUGAUUGAUCUGUUCCAUGAUGGAUAUUCUGAGGGGACUGAAACCAAUGGCUCUUGAUGCAUCAAAAUGUGGAUUAGACUGGAAGUGAGGUCGACUGUUGAUGGUUAAUCCUAUAAAAGGCGGGCAUUGCAUGAAUACCAAUUGUCCGUGACGAGGAUUGGUAGACAGGGCAUAGAGGAGGAGGAUUAUUUUUAUAGAAGGCCCGGAAAAUAGACAUCAAUAAUGAUACGAGUAACGAAUG